CGUGAGAGGGGAAGUACGUUGCCCCUCGUCGCUCCCACCACCUGUCUCAUCCGUGCAGUGAAGCGACGCGCGCUGUGUCCCCCAGCUGCGUCGAACCAGCUGCUUGGAAAAAUAUUACGAGAUUCCAAGAGCAAAGAAAAAGAAAGAGAGAGAAUGAGAGGAUGUCGCGGAAAAUGAACCUUUGAACCUUACAAGUGAGCCAGAAUCUGAACACGCGUCUCAGUACUCGGACGUGAGCCCAUGAAUUAAUCUUGAACGUGUGAGUACUUCGCCGGUCUUUCUCCUUACCUCCUUUCACUGCCUAAUCAAAGUGACAGUUUCCUGAAAUACGAAACCGGGUCUUCCUCUCUUCCUUUCCUCCCUCCUUCCUUCCCUUCCUUCCUUCCUGGUUCCGUUCUUCUAUCCCGCCUCUCCUUUAUUUUCCGUUUUUUUUUUAAUGUAGCACUUCCUAAUCCCUGUUUACCCCGAAGUAUUGUUUCCCGCAGCGUUUUUUCCAUCCUAACCUAACUUGUACAGCAUUAGCUACAAUCCUCAAUAGAUUUCACCUUCAAAGACAAUCCCUAACCAUAAUCUUCUUUUGAACCUUUAUUUUUACCCACUUAGCCAUCUAUCCCCGUCAUCCUUUCCCUAACCUUCCUCUCCAUCCAGUACCAACACCCACACAUCCCUUCCCGCUUCCUCGGCCUUUCUUCCCCUGCUGUAACAAGAGAGCGGCGGACCUAAGGCAAGCAAACAGGACCUCCCCAAGAUGCGUGAAGGUGGUAGCGGCUCCCCACGCAUCGACAAGGGAGUAUUAUGAGGGGUGUUGGAUUCCGCACCCUCGCCACUACCUCUGUUUGGCUCCCUAGUGCUAUGUUUCGGCGCUCGAGUGCAAGGUGGACGCGUUACUGCUAGCCUGCCAUCUCUCCUCGUCUCCUCCCCGCCUAACCCUCACCUGUCGCCUCCAAGACACAGGUGAUUAGGGAUUACUGCAGGUGACUCCCUCGCUACGGCCCCCCGCUAGAUCUCCACGUUGUCUCCGGUCACAAGAAGUAGAAUGCGCCAGGUUCCAGGCAUCAGCGUGGAGGGCCUGGACGAGGGCACGGCGCCCCCCCACCUCGACCCACCAGCUACCCCCACCCCUCUCCACGCCGCCGUGUACGACUGGCAUGAAGACGACGACGAUGAUGACUACAUGUACGAACGAGGGGGGAAGAGGAGGCGACAGCGUCUAUUGGAAGUGGGCGGGGCUGGCAGUGGUGACGUCACGGAUUCUUCCUCCGUGAGCGAUGACGUCAGCGUGGGCGUGGGCGGUGGGCGGGGAGAGCGUCGGAGCUCCGGGCGGCGCAAGCGGCCCUCCUCCUCCGCCCGAGAGAGGAACCUUCGUCGGCUGGAGAGCAACGAGAGGGAGAGAAUGAGGAUGCACUCCCUCAACGAUGCUUUCCAGGCACUGAGGGAGGUCAUUCCACACGUCAAGAGAGAGAGGAAGCUGUCCAAGAUCGAAACACUAACGUUAGCCAAGAACUACAUCAUGGCUCUGACCAAUGUAGUGUGCGAGAUGCGAGGGGAAGACAAACCAUACCAACUCUUCCCUGAAAAGUCACCUGGUAAUGAUGCCUCGUCCCCCUCCAGUACUUGUAUCCCUGAAGACCCCACCACCAUCACUGACGCCGCCGACACCACCACUACUAACGAUGACACCACCACUACGACUACCACCCCUACUACUACUACUACUACUACUACUACUACGGCUACGACCACGACUCCGAUCUCCCCGCCAGAUGCAGACAACAACAACAGCAUUCAUAAAGAAGUAUCGUUGUUUUGAGAUAAGGCACGGCACAAGUCGCCCUCUGUUUGCGCCGCUGUGCCGUUGUGUCCCCUGGAUGAACACCACCGCCAUCACCACACAGUGCAGUGACGCCUUCUGCUGGGAGUGGGAGGUGCUUGCUGUCCAUUUUCUUUUACCUCUUCAGCGUCGCCGUCAGACAGUUACCUAGUUCCUCAAGGUGAAUUCCGUUUUCUUUGUUUUAGGGGGGAUUUAAAUGCGAUGGUGGACUUGUGUAAUAUUUGAUGGUUGGUUAUUUGUUAUUUGUUUAUUAUUAUUAUUAUUAUUAUUAUUAUUAUUUAUUUAUUAUUAUUUUUUUUUUUAUGGGUUCUUAUUCAUCGCAUUUCAUUGCUACGCUAAUGACCAAAAGAAUCCAUGUUGAUGAUCAUCGUUUAUGAAUGCCUUGUCGCCAUCAUCAUCAUCAUCAUCAUCAUCAUCACCAUCAUCAUCACCAUCAUCAUCAUCACCAUCAUCAUCACCAUCAUCAUCAUCACCAUCACCAUCAUCAUCAUUAUCACAAUCACCACCAACGACAACAACAUCUUAAUCUUACCAUCAUCAUCAUCACCAUCACAGUUCUAGUCGUUGCAUCAUCACAACAUCACCAUCAUAUCACCAUUACCACACACAGUAACUGAUAAGAACACCAUCACUGCAGGUAAUAGUGUUUACUGUUCACCAUCAUCACCAUCGUCAUCAUCAUCAUCAUCAUCAUCAUCAUCAUUAUCACCACCAUCACCAUACAUCUGUCUACAGCGGCCACGUAUACACUUAACUAAUAAGGAGAAAGAGAGAUAAAAAGAAAAUAAGAGAGAGAAACAAGAAGAAUAAGAAAAAAUAUAUAAAUUCUUGAAAGUGAUCCGAAAAAGAAACAAGAUUUUUCGGUAUCAUGUGGCAUUUGAUCCUCCUCCUCCUCCUCCUCCUCUUCCUCUUCUCAGAAACAGAGGAUCAAGGGAGGAAAAAGAAGAGGAAGAACAGAAGGAGAAGGAGGAGCAGGAAGAGUAGCAAGUCACAACAUGAAGAAGUGAGCAAAGAGCGUUAAAAGUAAGGAAGUUUUAAAGUGACGUUGAUUUGAAGUUUGUAUAUUGACCGUCACGGAGCCAACACAAACUUGAGAACGAACACUCCUCCAACCCCCACCGCAACACGGAAACACAACCUCAACUCUCCUAUACGUGCAUCACUUGAAGGAGAAAACGAGAGAGGAAAAACAUGAAAAGAAAACUACGGAAAGAGGAUGCGAAACCAAGAGAGAGAGAGAGAGAGAGAGAGAGAGAGAGAGAGAGAGAGAGAGAGAUACUUGGCCUUGACGGGGAAACGAACGGAAAGAUGUAGAAAUUUUCUGGUGUUUCUGAAGAAGUCUUGCCGUAGCAGAAGUUCUUGUUUAUCUGAUGCUUGAAAGACACCAGCCAUAUUGCCACUGGGUCCCGACUGAAGACUUACCAGAAAAACAAAUCAAGAAAAAUAUCUCCGGGAAAGCAAGCAAGGGAAUACACAUCUGCUGAGGGGAAGAUCGAGGCCAGCGAGGCAAAUUUAUGCAAGAAAAAUAUGUUAUAUGCCAGAUAAGAGGGGAUGGAAAAGUGCAGAAGAGUGAAUCGUGAAGGGAAGAAUGCCUGUGAUGGUCAUUCAUUUUUCAUCCGCGUGCGCAGUGAAGACUACGAAGCUACGAAGAAGAGGAACGAAGAAAGAAGGCGUAGAAAAAAAAUGAAAGAAGAAGAAUAGACGGUAAAGAUGCUGGAAAUAACGUGUUUGCUGACAACGAAACAAAAUAAAAGUGAAAGGACACUAUUUUCAACAAGAUUUUUUGAGAACGUGUGACGAACGUGAACGAAAAUAAAUGAAAACGCGAAAGAAAACACAAAAAAGAAGCUGUGUGUAUGUAUGCGUGUGUUUACGAGAGAGAGAGAGAGAGAGAGAGAGAGAGAGAGAGAGAGAGAGAGAGAGAGAGCAGUGCGUCGUCCCAGUGCCAAAAUUGACGCACGGUUCUAGUCUUAGUCAGUCACAGUAUUGUCCAGCUGCAGUGACGCUGGGCUGCACCGUUCUAGUCUCGUUGCGAUGAAGGAAGGAAGGAAGGAAGGAAGGAAGCAGAUAAAGCUGUAGUAGCUCUUUAGUUCUUCUCUCCCUUCGUACUUGUUGUGCAUGGUCUUCGCGUUCUUUCGGGAAUAACACUUUUAUGCCCCGAGAAAGCAGGCAGGGUUGAACAGAUGGAGAGUAACGCUUACACUUUCCCGAGAGAACAAAAAUGUUUACGUGUAAUCAUUAAGUUAAGCAAGAAAAAUGCAUUCUAGUUUUAUGAGGAAAGAGAGAUAAGAAAAAAAUUUAUUAUUGAGAAACAUUUGAUGAAAUAUUUAUGCAUAAUCUUCCUUUGUAAGAGUAUACAUAGAAGAGUUCUAUUAUUAUAAAUAUAAAUAUAUAUAAAUGAUGUAUAUUAGAGUAUAUCGAGAGCUGUGUCUAUUUUUUAAUACUACCAUAGUGUUCUGUCUCUAGUCCAUAGUGUUACAUGUCAGUGGGUCGUGAAUUCCUGCAGCUCCUCCACGUGUAUAAGAAGAUACUGGCGUCGGUGUGAGGGUCAGUGUGUUCCUGGGUCAUGAGGGAGAUGUGUGCGCGCCGUUGCUCAAACUCGAGAACACCACCACCCCAUUACAACCAAUAAGUUCACAUCGAAACUCUGUAAAUGUGUUUGCUUCCGCUUGUGUUUGAGGAAUAUUUCACUGUGUGUUGACUUACUGCUUCGUUCCAAGCUCUCGGGGGCUGGAAGUGCCAGACGGCGGCGGCGGGCACGAGGUUCCAACUUUACUGUAUGUUAGUUUUAUGUUAUAUUGAGGCAUUUAUUACCUUAUAUUUAUUUUAGUCUCCCUCCUGACGCAAGCGACCGACGCUCAGUAUCAUCACCACCCAGGCAGGAAGGUGGUGACGUGCCCUAUGUGUGUGUGUGUGUGUGUGUGUGUGUGUGUGUGUGUGUGUGUGUGUGUGUGUGGCGUGUGUCUCCAGGCGAUACUCCGCAAAAACUGGAUGUGACGCAGAGGAGAGCGAUAGGAAGGAUAGGCAAAAAAAAAAAAAUAUGACGUAGAAGGUGAUAGAAAUGUGUUAUUGAGUCAUGUGAAUGUUGUGUGGAUGGGUGGAGAACAAGGGAGAAAAGCUAGAUGAGAGCUGUGUGUGUGUGUGUGUGUGUGUGUGUGUGUGUGUGUGUGUGUGUGUGUGUGUG